CGUAUGUGGCUUACAUCUUUUUAUGACAAAAUACCAUUUUCAAAGCUACUUGUGUCUAAUUGUCCACACCAUCAUGUCUUCCUCACGCAACCCUGCAACAAAACCCUAAAAUCUACCCUUCACUGACGAAGUGGAGCUUUCAAGUUUUAGUAAUGGCAGAAUCACGAUCUUCUUCAACAUCGACAACGAGUAUUCACGUAACAGCACUUGACGGUCUCGUAAACGUCAACUCCCUCUUCACAAUCGCCGUCUUCGUCGUUGUAUCGUUCAGCUUUUUCCUUUUCUCAUCUCUGGUUGCUCAAGGUCUUAAACUCGCUAUCAAUCUGCUCAACAGUACCGAUGUUGAUGAGGCUUUUAGGGCACACAUUAAUCUCAAGGCGUUGAGGUUCGGGAUGCUCGGAUCGGCUGUCGGAUCGGUUAUGGGUUGUUUGUUCCUGAUGCUCUCGAUGGUGAAUGUGAUUGAGAUUCGAUUGGGGAUGUUGUCUUGUGGAAGUAGAUCCACUGUGAAUGCUGUUGCCUCCAUGAUUGUCCUGGUGACCUCUGCACUUUUGGUUUAUAUUUCCACUGCUGUUUAUGCAUUUUUACAUUAG